GGGAAAACAUUGUCUUCAGGCAUAUUUCUGGGAUCCUUCCUUUGCGUCAUCUGUUAAAGGACCCAGGAUGUCCAUGCUCGCUGAGCCCCGCAAGAAACAGAAGUGGUCUGUAGACCCUAGGAACAGCGCCUGGAGCAAUGAUGACAGCAAAUUUGGCCAGAAAAUGCUGGAGCAAAUGGGCUGGUCCAAAGGCAAAGGACUGGGGAGGAGUGAGCAGGGAUCAACGGAUCACAUAAAAGUAAAAGUUAAAAACAACAAACAUGGGCUCGGAGCAAAUGCCAGCCAUGAGGAUAACUGGAUUGCUCACCAGGAUGAAUUCAAUGAGCUUCUGGCUCAGCUGAACGACCACCAUGGUCAAAACACAAGUAACGAAGUUCCUCCAGAUGAGAUGAAGAGCUUCAGUCUGGAAGAAAAAUCAAAGACUUCUAAAAAGAGGGUUCAUUACACAAAAUUCACAAAAGGCAAGGACUUAUCUUCCCGUAGUGAAACAGACCUUAACUGCAUCUUUGGGAAGAGGACCAAGUCUACCAAAGACCAAGAACAGGGGAGGAGCAGGAGCGAGUCUCCAGUCGAAUCAGAGGAAAGUGGGACUAAGGCUUCUUCUGAACUUGAUACUGAGUCAAUAACCAAGACUGUGACAAGUUCUCUGAGCAUGCAGGAGUAUUUUGCGCAGCGCAUGGCACAGUUGAAGAAGCCUCGUGGCUCUGAAGGUUCAGCAUCUUCUGUCAAAGCGGAGACUACCGAAACAUCAAGCCCCACUGAGGAGCUCAGUCCAGUCCGUAGCAGCAACAAUGAUGCUGAAAAGCCCAAGAAAAAUAAGAACAAAAAGCUAAAAGAGGAGCUAGUGGAUGUAGAAGAGAAGUGCAGUGUCCCAAUCGUACUAGAAGAAAAAGAAAACGAGGAGAAAGCGUGUUCAAGAAAGAAAAAGAAGAGGAAGACUGCAGAAAUCAUUGAUGAAAAUGAAAACUCUAGCUCUGCCUGUGUUGCGGAGAUGAACUGUGAAAGACCAAGUCUCUCCAAGAAGAAAAAACCUAAACACAUAGAGAAGCAGCUUAUAAAUGUUCAUGAGGGCGAGGAGGCCCACGAUGGAGCAAAGGAGUGUGAGGAGGAACUGGUUACUAAAAAAUCCAAGAAGAAGAAAAGGAAGAGAGAAAAUCAAGACUAAGGUGGAGUUUAGGUUUUGGUUAAAUUUGUCCACCUUCCAAAAAUGUUUUACUUCACUUGUACACUUGUCCUAAUUCCCACCUUUUUAAAUAUAUUUGUGACCAAAUGAAAUCUCUAGCACAUGAACAACAAAUGAAUAAACUGUUAAGGCACAUUAACAUGAGAUGUUUAGCAUCUGGCUUAAAUGAGCUCUUCCUGAAACUUGUAUCUCCUCAUUAAAUAUGAUUCAGGGGGGAAAGAAGCUGUUUUCACAUUUAUUCUUUUACUAUUUGCAUGCAUUAUUAUUUAUGUACAAAACUCCAUAUUCUCCAUGUCUCGCAGUUUAUCACUUGUUUCAAAAACUGAAAGGAAAGUGGUGAGCAAUGUGAUACAUCUGAUGCUUUGGCAUGAUGCGCCUUUUAAAACGAGCCAUUCUUUGAAAUGUCGAAAUUUUUCUAAAUAAAUAUGGUCACACACA